AUGAUCAAUGUAUCUGGAGAGCCGAGGAAAAUAGGCAACGGUGUUCGAGGCCUGAAGGAUGUUCAAGACGUUGAUGGCCGCGCAGCGGGGCUGGCUGUUGUUGACGAUAUUUACUGGUGUUUGCCCAUCCGGGCCACAACUUCCUCCUGCCACCCACUACGACUGACGGCUCUACGUUCCCUCUCGUGGCCAAGAUGCAUUGCACAACGGCACCGUACCAUUCCAUCCACAAGCACAAGCAUAGAUUGUGGCAUCGAGGCUACUGAAGACCGUGUUACACAGCUCAUAAGCGCUUGCCACAUUAUGUUUCAACCUCCAGCGCCAACCCGGUGUUCGUCUUCCGUGUCAGAGAACAAUGAAAACAUGUUAUAAACCUGCUCCAGGUCGUAAUUUUCUCGUCUCCGCUACUAGCCAAUACACGUCGUUUUGUGUCGCUUUUUUUCCAGUUGUGUUCAGGUCGUCAUGAGGAGAAACAAUCGACGCUAGUCGACGCUCGCGACGCUCUUACGAUCAAUUGGAUUUCUUCACAUCCCGGAUCAUCUCAGCUUAUUGGAGUUGUUGUCAGAUGUCCUUCGGAUCGUGGUUUCCGCGAUCUCAACGUCUCGGACAACCGCUGUAUCGUCAUCCUGAUUUGUCUUGGAUUAUGGUCGUUUCGACUAAACAAUUUGCGAGCACAGGUCUCCGGCCACCACAACCCGUUGGAUAUGAAGCGCUCUGAAAGGUAUAAGUUUGCAUGGGUUCCUGUUUUACAAAAAAGCCCACCAAUACUCCCCGGAUCCCCACUCCCCACAGGGCCUAUCCACUAAUUUACCCCCGUUCUCAACUUCACGAGUAUGAGGACCAACUGGAACAUCCGGUUUUACGGUCUGCUGCUGACAGUCGCCUCUAUCACUGGGCGCAUUGCGUGCCAGGACUUGAAAAGUGAUCUC